AACAGAGCAGUGGCGCCGGCGCCUACAGCGCGGGAUUCAACGCUCGCCAAGGCCUGCAUUUGGAUCUUUCUUGCUGCGCUUGAUUCUCCCGAUCGCAGGAUAGAAGUAGCCGCUGCUGGCCGCCUAGAUCGAGCAGCAGGGCAGACGAAUGGAAUCUUUUGCCCGGUCCAAGAAGCCCCGUGCAAGCAUCAGCGCGCCUCCAGGCGGCGAGGGAGGCCAAUCCGUGGCUCAGAAGCCCGAUUCUCGCGAGGUCGGGGCAUUCCAGGUUCUUGCUUUCGAUUUUUUUCCCUCUCCAAGGCCAGGGUCGGAGGAUUUCGAUCUUGCUGCGGGGAAACCCGCGGAGAAAGAUCCGGCCCCGUCGAGAUUCUGGCGGUCGCUUGUGCGUAUCGUCGGCAAGAACAGGCUGGGGAUGAAGACGAAGAGCUCGAGCUUGAGCCACGAAAUUCUCGCGGAAAAUCUCGAGCCGUGGAGUUAUCCACUGGUGGAUUUAAGCGAGAAAAAGAUCAGUGGAAAGAAGUGGACAUCGACUAUCAAGGCUCUUCUCUUUGGCAGAUCGAAGAAGACGAAGGAGAGCCCGUUUGAUUCGUCGCUCAACACGAGCAAGGAAUCGAUAAGUCCCUCCGCCGUGUGCCCGGGACGCAGCUCGGGCGAGAGCUCCUCCACAUCUUACAUCACUGCCGAUGGAUUCUCUUCUCCAAACUCCGACAAGCCCAGGAGUUCUUCCCAGCAGAGCUCAUCAACUUCGACGCCAAACUUGAUGGCUUGCAAAGAAACCUGCCGAGUUUCCAGAGAGACGAGCUUGAUCGUCGCCAGGAGCAUCUCGAGGUUGUCCUGCCGGCACGAUCGCGACGAUCUUCUGGAUACGAUCGAGAGCGUCCCGCUGCUAGAGACCCCCAGAUCAUCAGCAAUGUCUUCGCCAGCAUCUAGCACUACUUCCAGCAAAAGAAGCUCGAGGAUCUCUCCCCGGAUCUCCCCCAGCCGGUGCCACGAGAAGCCGAUGAGGCGUUCGUCCGCUGUGCUAGAACGAAGAAUGCCGUCGUCCCCCAGCGCCAUGAAGCUACGAGCGGCGGCAGCAAACGAGAAGAAGAAUUCGCCGGCCCCUCUGGGCAAUGUUGCGAUCGUGAAGCAGUCGGAGGAUCCAUUCCGGGAUUUCCAGGACUCGAUGAUCGAGAUGAUCAAGGCCAAGAACAUCAAAGGCGACCGCGAGCUCGUCAAUCUCUUGAACUGCUACCUCUCCCUCAACGCUCCAAAGCUCCAUCCCACCAUCAUCGACGCUUUUGCAAAGGUCUGCCCACAUUGAUCUCAGAGUAAAAUCUCCUAGAAUCUUUUUGCUUUGAUGUAUCAACGAAAUUGAUUUGUAAAAGACUUAACUUAUAUGUAAUAAAACAAAUUUAAACUGGGGUA